UAUACAGGACCAGGCUAGUUGCUACGAAGCUGUCUAAUGACUUCGAUGAGUACGUCAUGACCAUCGAGCAGAUCAUCAAGUCAGGCUCAGAUGAGGUGCAGGUCGGGCAGGAACGCACGUUCAUCAGCCACAUCAAGUGUAGGCAAUCCCUGAAGCUGCAGAACAAGAAGCAGUACCUCCUGUGGGGCCUGUCCUCUGACCUCUGGGGAGAGAAGCCCAACACCAGCUACAUCAUUGGGAAGGAUACUUGGGUGGAGCUCUGGCCCGAGGCUGAAGAAUGCCAGGAUGAGGAGAACCAGAAACAGUGUGAGAACCUCGGUGCGUUCACAGAGACCAUGGUGGUCUUCGGCUGCCCCAACUGACCACAGCCCAGCCCUCCAAUAAAGCUUCAGUUAUAUUUCACUCUC